AUGAUCCGGGCUAGCACAGCAGCACCACAGGGGGCGCGCUGUCUGGGAUCGUUUCCGGACUUCCUUCCUGAGCUUUUGGGCAGUGACAGCGGCGAGAGGGGAGAGAGAGAGAGACCACCGCUGAUCUCAAAGUAUUUCACAGUUUUCCACAGGCGCAGGCACAGACACAUCGACAUGUCCGGAGAAAAGGGAAAGAUGUUUCAGGCCGGAACAGCUGAUAUAAGAGGGAAGUCAAAUUGUGACUCUCAACCAGCAGAGAACCUGUCUUGGUUUCCAGAUGCCACCGGCUACGUGGGAUUCGCUAAUCUUCCGAACCAAGUGCAUCGCAAGUCUGUUAAAAAGGGUUUCGAGUUCACGCUCAUGGUUGUCGGCGAGUCUGGUUUGGGAAAAUCCACUCUGAUAAACAGUCUGUUUCUCACUGAUCUCUAUCCUGAGCGCUACAUCCCUGGAGCCGCAGAGAAAAUCGAGAGGACGGUGCAGAUCGAAGCGUCCACCGUGGAGAUUGAGGAGCGCGGCGUGAAGCUGCGUCUCACGGUGGUGGACACUCCGGGAUACGGCGACGCCAUCGACAGCCAGGACUGCUUCAAGACCAUCAUUCAGUACAUCGACAACCAGUUUGAGCGAUACCUGCACGACGAGAGCGGCCUGAACAGAAGACACAUCGUGGACAACAGAGUGCACUGCUGCUUUUACUUCAUAUCCCCUUUCGGACACGGGAGAGUCUAA